CAGGAGAGCGGUAGGGGUGAUGUCAUCGCGGCGCGACUACAGGAAGUAAGAUCCUGUCCGGUGCAGCUCGGGCUUCCGAGCUCCAGCCUCUGACGGUACUACGGUCUCCUCUCCCCUUCAAUCCUAUCCGCGAUGGACGAUGCCCGCGAGUCGCCCACCGACAAAGGUGGAGAGACAGGGGAGUCGGAUGAGACGGUCGCUGCGCCCGGGGACCCGGGGGCUACUGACACGGAUGGAAUCCCAGAGGAAACUGACGGAGACGCAGAUGCGGACUUAAAAGAAGCUGCAGCGGAGGAAAGCGAGCUCAAGAGUCAGGAUGUCUCAGAUUUAACAGCAGUUGAAAGGGAAGACUCAUCAUUACUUACUCCUGCAGCCAAAAAACUGAAAAUAGAUACCAAAGAAAAGAAAGAGAAGAAGCAGAAGGUAGACGAAGAUGAGAUUCAGAAGAUGCAAAUCCUGGUUUCUUCUUUUUCUGAAGAGCAGCUGAACCGUUAUGAAAUGUAUCGCCGCUCAGCUUUCCCUAAGGCAGCCAUCAAAAGGCUGAUCCAGUCCAUCACUGGCACCUCUGUGUCUCAGAAUGUUGUUAUUGCUAUGUCUGGUAUUUCCAAGGUCUUCGUCGGAGAGGUGGUAGAAGAAGGUGGUUCACAGAACCAGUACACUCAAGGUUUGACUAGAUAUUGCAACAUUGAAAUUUCCCAAUACUGACCGGGAUUCCAGUUCAUCAGAUACAUUCUCAUUGUUUUUCUCAAACAGAGGGGAAUGAAGUGACCGUUUAUUGACAGUAAUUAGCAGUAAUAAGGCUACUGUAUGUAAUUGGCAAUCUCCAAGAAUUUUUCCUCUCUACUGAAGCUGUUGUCUUGUGAAGCUUUCCUGAGCAUGUCUUAGUAAAGAUUCUAAUUCUAUUUAGCACCCUCAGUGGGGGAGACAGUUUGGACUCAUGAAGGUGGGCAAAUCUGACUUUUAGUAUCUUACAUUAAAACCCAUGGCUUUAAACAUGUACUUAGCCAAUGAAGAAGACACUUCAGUGGGGCAUUCCACAAAGAAAUGCUUUAAGACUAAAGCUAAAUCUUGACCAAAAAUUAAUAAACUGACAAAAAAAGAUACUCUCAGCUCUAACAGAAUUUUUUUUAGCAGUUGCAGGAACUAUAUCUAUUGCAAUUAGAGAUAUUGAAUAAGGCUGAAACUUAAUAAAUAAGGGGGGAAGAUCAAAUCCCAAGUCUGGCCACUUAGCAAAGCCUCACUGUUAAAGGUUAUCCGAGAGUGUUUCCCCUUGUGCCAUGGGGAAAAUAAUUUCCAUUCAAUAGCUACUACCUUUACCUAUCCAGAGGUUCAGGGGAAUAUUCCUAUUCUGACAGAAGAUAAGGGAGCAACUAGGUAAAGGCCUUAGUCUCUGAAAGGAUAGUGCUUCACACCAGAUUCUCUCUGAAACCGUUAAUAAUGACUAUGAUUAAUCAUGAGGCAAUGACACAGCUUUUACUGUUCUUAAAUAACCAGAUGUCAUCGAACUAACUUCUGUACCAAAGUUCAGUUGUUUCUAUAGUUUUAAUGAUUUUACUCUGAUUUUAGACGUUUAGGCAAAUUUUAAAUAAAUGGCAGAGAAGAAAAAACUAGGGUAAAAGUUUAGAAUGAAAAGUUCCCAUGUUACUAUGGCAAUACUUAAAACUACCUUCUUUCCACUACUGCCCAUCCCCCAACCCGUUUACCACUAAGGGGAAAGUAAUCUAAGUGAGUUAAAUGGAAGUGUUUAAGUUACAGGGUAUGUGAGGGGUGGUGUUUGUUUAUCCCUUGUAUAUUCCAUAUAUGGGAGCCAUUCCUUUCAGAACCAUAAAAAAGGGGCAUAAAGGUUGAGGCCCAUGGCAAAAUGAAGGUUAGAUGAAAUAGAUGGUAAAAAGCAGAUACCAUGUGAAUAGAACCCACUUGUUUUAUAUCAGGGAAACUAGGUUAAUUAUUCCAAUGAGCUGAAAACAGAAUUUGGGAUUGAUAGCCAUCUAGGCAGCCCAGUUAAAGAGAAGAUUUAAACUCAAGUCCAUACACACUAAAGCAUAUUCCCAGCACAGACAUGUAAACAGGAAAUGUAGACAAUCAUGGAUAAUACAUAGUUGUAAAUGCUUCACAGCUGAAAUGGUAAUGUUCAGUCGCUGAAGUCUUUGAGGGAUAGUGGUGCUAUCUCUCCAGACAUUUUCUUGAGGUAUUGUUAUUUCUUGUUCCAAGUCUUGCAGCUCUAAGGCAGAAAUCAUAAGCAGCCCAAAAGGGCUGACACUGCUACUUUUCCCUUGCAUAUUUUCCUUUACACUUAUCCUGAGGACUACCACUCAUUCACAUUUCUUCAUUAUGAACAGAAAUAUGAAAUUAGGCAAGUUGAUUUUUACUAAAAUCCCAUAGGAUAACCCCUAUCACAUUUCCUGAGGAUUUCAAGACACAAUGGCCAAAGCUGCCACAUGAAGAAAGCCAGAAAUUCUAAGGCUCCAUUUGUCACAUAGACAAGAGCUCUAGACUCCUUCAGAGAGCCCAGAGGCCUAACUGAGCUCCGGCCAUUAAGAGGUUAGCCUUGGUCCUUAAUGGGUAUGUUUUUACUGUCACCCUACAAGCACAAGUGUAGGUAAAGGUAUACCAAGAAAUGCCUCUUAGACAUUUUCUUUGCAUGGAGGGAUGCCAGAGGAAUAUGGUAGGUGGGGGUAGAAGGGGCUGAGAAGAGAAUCAGAAUAUGAUUUUUAACCAAUUCAGCUGAGCAUAAGGUUGAAUAAAUAUAUUUUCCAGCUACGAGAUCUCCCUCCUCCCCCUUCAAGAACAUUAGAGAUGCCAUACUUAAGACCAGUGAUCCAUUCAGAUCAACAUUCUGCCUUUGAAAGAGGCAUUUAGGAGUAGUUUGUCAAGGGACACAGUUGCCCUCUCAGUUGUAUAUUAUCAAGUAACCCUACUUUUCUAUAAUCCUUGUAGAAGGCCGUCAUGCAAGGAUUCCUCAUACACCUGCAUCCAUGUAGUUUCUGCUGGCAUCACUUCUUAGACAAUGAGCCCCUUACAUUUCUGAUUUGCUAUGAGAGGUGCUUUUCUUACCUAGGGCUAUGAGAUAGACCCCUAGAGCUAGUAGUGCAGGACCAGGUCCUUGCUCUGGAUUGGAUAUUUGAUCUAACUCCCCUUGGCUUUCAUCUUUGCAGGACAGCGUCUGUAUUUUAAAAACGUGUCCUCAUAUGGAUAUACCUCCACCCCCGAUAAUUUUUGCUGUUCUCUUAACCUUUCCUCCAUCAUAUUUCUUGUAAAUAAGGUCAGUAGAAACACAGAUAGUUCGAUCAAGACAUAUCCAUGAUUUUGUAUAAACCACUGUUCUCUGUUGUCUCCAAAAGUCCUUCCUGGUGAUGCCCACAGGGCAAUUAGGCUUUUAGCCACAGCAUCACAUUGAUCUCUCCUCCCCUCAGCAAUGCUUCAGUUUCUUUCCUGAGUUCUAAUAGCAUUCAGGUGUAUCAAUUGGUAAUUCUUCCAUAAAUACAUUUCCUUAUACUAUGUUGAACCUCACCUGUCAAUUUUCUGAGUAUUCUCAGCACUGCUUAUUGUAACCUUUCUCUGGU